UGGUAAGUUCGGUUGCGCUGAACGUCGCUCAUCAACUUUUGCUACUAGACGAGCCUGGCAAAGCUAGUUAGCAGCUACUAAACAUAUACAUUUCUAAACUAAUUCGUCGCUGAUUGCGGUGCAUUUCUGGCGUUUGAAAUUCAAACUGGGAUUUACAGUCGUCCGCAAAGCAGCAAAUUCCAGAGGUGACGAGGAGACUCCAUUUUCGUAUGCGGCUGCUCGGGCUAGCCAGCAAGACGGCGGAAAGCUAGCUGGUUAUGUUGCUAGGCUAACUUUCCCUGCCAGGCGAACGGGAGCCAGAGCAAGCUAGCAGCUUGCGAUAAAUUGUCUAUCUGACGAUACCUUCGUUUACUACAAAAGACUCCCAGCAUGCUGAUGGUGGGAGGCAAUGGACGGAUGCACUAGAAUGAGUGUGAAGGAGCUGUGUGAGACCGAUGACCUGGCCACCGGUUUGGUGCUGGACCCGUUACUGGGGUUCAGCACCCACAAGAUGAACAUCAGUCCCCCACCAGAGAUUCGGCGCUGGGGUAACCUCAAAGAGACCCUCUUGCGGUUUCAACGUACGCAUGACUUCAACGCUACGUUUGAGGCACUGACGGUGGGCGAACUGGCUGGUGAUUACUUUAAUGCUUUGGGAAGCCAUCGACAGGAGCUGCUGAGACAACAUGUUUAUCGCUACCUCAGUGCCUUCCUGUUGGAUAGCGGUGUCAAGAUCGAGUCCUGUGACAGAUACUCCUCAGAGACCAACGGAGCAAAGAUAACCUCAACAAGGCACUGGUUUGCAGGGGAGCGGGUGGAGGUCCUGCUGGGCUGCAUAGCAGAGCUGAGCCCCGCUGACAGUGCCGUGCUGAGGGCAGGAGUCAAUGACUUUAGCGUGAUGUAUUCCACACGCAAGCGCUGUGCUCAGCUCUGGCUCGGGCCUGCAGCUUUUAUUAACCACGAUUGCAAACCAAACUGCAAGUUCAUCCCUGGGGAAAAGAAUAUUGCUUGUGUUGAAGUCAUUCGACCCAUUUCUCCUGGGGAAGAGAUCACAUGUUACUAUGGUGCCAGCUUUUUUGGUGAAGGCAACGAAAUGUGUGAAUGCUGCACCUGUGAGAGGAAUGGAGAGGGCCACUUCAAGCACAGAGGGAAACAGCCUGAAUGUGAGGAAACGAAGGACCCUGUGGGCCAGAAGUACCGCCUGAGAGAGAGAUAUCUUCGUCACCACAGAGAAAAAGGUCACUUUCCUACAAGGCCGAUAACACCAGGAAUACACUCGGGUAUCUUUAAAGCCAUCCCCUCAAGGAACUCCUUUACUCAGCAGAUGAGGAGAAAUGCCUUGAAGAACAGAAAACUGAGUCAAACAAAGGAGUGGAGACGGGAGAAGCAAAGACGAUCAGGAAAGCAUCCACUAAAAUCCUCCACGUUUAAACAGUGCAGGGCAGUUCCACUUUUGUCCCAGGUUACUCUAAGGGACCUUACAAUCAGAGUACGGCGCCACUCAGUGGACUUCCUGCUUAAUUGUAAGGAUCCCAAAAGCAAAGAAAGGGCCUUGCUGCAACAGCUGGAGGAAGUAAAGCCAAAAGAUAACAGGCUGAAUGAACUAAACUCGACUGGUGAAGAAAAUGACAGCAGUGCAUUAAACUUGAAGCCUUUCACUCUAAAUUCCUCCAUGUCAGUUCAUCAGAGAAGCAGACCUGCUGUAAGUAACACAGCGGUGAAUGGGAAGCCUAUCAAAGCAGUGGGCAAGCGAGCGGUACACAUGAGGACCUCGUCAAGAACAAAGGACAUGGUUCGCGCCGUGUCCACACAGCAGACAGAGUCCACUAACACGGAUAACACUACAACUGUUUGUCCACCUGUUGAGGUUGACAAAACCUGCAGUGCAAUACAACAAGAGAAGACUGAAAAUGCAUCCACAGAAAGUCAAGGCAGCAGCAUUGAAUCCUGCAUCAUCGCUGAGGUUCAAAAUCCAACUGCUGAGCAAAAUGAGCGCAAGACUAUCAGAGCGUCAUCCCUGUCAGAGGUCUGUCAGAGCAUCACAGAUGAAUCAAAGAAAGCUGGGGACAAUCCACUAAUAUCUCUGAAGCAAUACCUUACCGUCAAUCUAACGAGGUUAUCAGUGCAACAAAGUUUUGAAGCUGGAAAGACCUGUGAAGACAGGAAAGGAAGAAUGGACAUAAGAGGAAGGAGCAGGCAGAGCCAGUGUCCUAAACCAGCGACCCUGGUAGAAAAACGAGUAUCCAGAUCUCAGCAGAGGCAGGGAGGAAGUUCAGACAUCUGUACAGCUGAAGGUAACAGAGGGGUGAGGGAAAUGCUUUUUAAGGCCAUAGAUAAAGUUAAUGUAAGAAAGCGGCACCUUGAUGAGAUUGUUGAUGAUUCGUCCCACAGUGAGAAAAAAAGGAACGACAAGGUUAUUGAAAUACAAACAGUGUCAGAAGAAAAAGUUUGUGUACAAAAAGACCAACAGAACAUUUCAAAAGACAAGAGUGAAGGGCAGAAAGAAAAUAGAAACUCUGCAUCAACAGUUGUAGAAUGUAAAAGUAAUAUAGUUCUUGAAGAAGUAAAAGAGUCUGAAUGUAAAAUCGUGUCCAGUGAAGAAAUGAAAGCGCAAAAUAACAUCCAGUCUAUGAAAAAUAUCGUCAGGGAUGCAUGUAAGCAGAAAGAAGUGCUUAAAGUAUCAACACAAAUGACUCGGAGUUUGAGUAGACAGGCAGUGAGUAGGCAUGAAGAAGAUAUUGUUAUCAAGCAAGCAAAGGUUCUGCUAUCUGAUAUUUUAAGAAAAGAUAAAUCCUUAAUAGAUAAGAGAUUGCAGGGAGAUAUUGUAGGACGAGGGUUGUCUAACUUAAUCUCUCAAGAAACGCAGAGUGCCGAGGAGGAAGCAGAAGAAACUGAAAUAAAUGGAGGCAGGUGCUAUCGUUCAGCGCAGAGACGAAAGAUGAGGCCCAGAGCAGCAAAAGCAAAAGCAGAAGAAAAGCAAUGUACAAAGGGGCGCUUGAGCGAAGAAGUUCCAGCUACAGUUAAGACUGAGUUUGGUGUGGAAAGUUUGCAGCUUCAGUCGUCACAGAGGCACAGUGACCCACCGACUCCCUGCCUCAAUCCACUACCUCACAAGACACCAGAUACCAAUCCACAGGCCCACACACAGUCCAACAUACCUCUGAAGAAACGUACAUUUCGCAGUUCUGUGGAAAUGGUCUCUGAACAAACUCUGAAGUCUGUUUCAGAUCAGGUUUCUAAAAAAGUCACUGAGCUAAAUUCAUCUACAGCUCUAACAAAGGACAUCCCUCCAUGUUCAGGGGAGAGCAGCAAAGUGAAAGUUAGACCUAGGAGAACAGAAGUCCAAAAGUUAGGUCCCAAAAGGAUGACAAAACAAACCUCCUUUACCAGAGUGCUUCGCUCCAGAGCUAACGAAGUACAGCGAGGCCAUUUAUUGAGGAAAGUUCGAAUGUGUAAAUUAGAGAGGCAAGAUGACGAUGACAUCAGCCAGGCUGUGACAGAAGAGACUGAUAAGAUUGCAGAGGGCAAACAUGCUAAUCUGGCGAAAAGCCAGCAACGGUUUGGUAAGAAAUCCGCUUUAAAUAUAUCUCAAAAGAAAGAGCAGGUGGAAGCAUUAAUGCUCGAACAAAGUGAUUUAGAGGACGUAAAGCCUGGCCUUAAUUUUAAGAUUCGUCUUAAGAGGAGAAGGGGUAAAGUGUGGGAGAUGCAAAGUGCAGGAUUUGAAAAUGUAGCAUUAAAAACCGAAAAGGGAGAUGAGUUGGUGACAUGCGAUCCUUUUAAAGCCAUCAUGGAUUCUGUAUCAAUUUUAAACAUGGAGAUGGAGGCAGCUCAGGCUCACGUGCAGGCUAGUAAGAAGUCAAAGAGCAGGCUGCAUCGUAUGAAAAAAAGGAGGGAGAGGUUGAAUGAAAAGCAAGCCAUAAAUUUAUCCACAGUUGGGAAAUCAGAGAAAGACGCUGAAAGUGCAUGCCUGCCCAGUGAAUCUGCCAACAAUAACGUAGAAGUUAAAGAGAAAAUUGACAGAGAGCCUCCUGUUGGAGUCAAGCAGCUAUCAGAAAAAAUCGACAGUAACAAAAAUGACAGUGGGAUGUUGGCUUCAGGCCAGGAAACAAAAGUUGAGGACCGUUUUGUAAAGAAUUGCUGCUUAUUUGAAAGUGGGUUGCAACAAAAGCAGGAACCAGAAUUGGAUUUCAAUGGUCUUCCAUUACCAGUAAUUAAACUACGGAGGAAAGUUGAGGAUAUUUGGGAGGUGGAGAGCAAAGAGGAGCUCUUACAAACCGGACUGAAAAUAGAGCCCAGAGUAGAGAUGAGGGGUCACAUUUUCGGGAAACAAAAGAAAGGAUGUCUUGAUUUUAACAAGCUCAAAGAAGAGUGUCCAUCUUCUCAGAGGCUCAACAGCCACUCUGCCCCUCUGAAAACAGAACCACCUCCAUUUUCUCUGUCUCUAUCACCACUGUCACUGUCAUCGCCUCUUAAUGACAAUAAAGCUGAAGUUAUAUCCCUGGCUCCUGAUAGAAUCACUGAAAGGCCAGAGAUGAACAGCGGAGGAAGGAAACAGAGGCACAAAAUGGACAGAACACGCAAGUGUGGGCCUGUAGAAACACCCACCACUUGCCUUAGUCACACUCUCCAGCAAAUUGAUAACAGUCUCUCAAAGCUCUCUGAGGGCUUGUGUUCAUCUCAGACUCUGGAAAAGCCCACAGCCUGUUCCAGUGCUUCUAAUUCUGUCAUCCAGCCCCCAUCCCAGUCUCCUCCAUUCACAACUGCUGAUAACAUGCUCUCUGGUGAGCCUAACUUCACUAACUGUUGUGAUGAUAUUCUAGAUUUUCAAUGUCUUAACUUUGAGGGGUAUUAUCAGCCACAGAACAUACUUCCAUCAUCUCCAUCAGAUUUGUGUUCGCUGGAUCCACCCACAGAUCCUUUCAGCAGCCCCCUCUCUCAUAGCCCCUCUGAUACAUGGACCACUGAAACACCGUACCUUGGCCCUCCUAGUCCAGGAAAUAACUUUACCAGUGAGGAUCUGCAAUUUUUUCCAGGCCUAAUUUCUUCCAAAAGUGACUCGGUUCCACUGGAAUGCGAAGUGAAGGAUACCUGCAAAGACAGAAACCCACCCAACUCCAGUUUCAAUUUUUCAGCUCUGGGCAACUCUGACUUGAUGGUUAAGGAUCGGAUUAUAAGUAAAAAUCUAGGAAUGCGGAUGUCCAAAGAAGACCUCAAACCCCAGUCUUUGUCUGUAACCAACAAACCUCGUUUGCUUGGCACAGCAGCAUCAUCUGUUACAUCUCAAAAUCCUCUUACUUUAACUCAAUCCUCUAUGAACGUCAGGCCGAGCACCAGCCAGUCAAAAACCCAGUCCAACUUUAAAACCCAGGGCCCUUUCCAUCGAAUGACCAUUCCUAGUAAAUCUCAAACGUUUCCAAGUAGUCAGCCAAACACAGUCAGGGGAAUGCCCCAGAGCUGCCUGACAAAGUCCGUCCCAACAUCUCAAAUGUCGAAUAAAUUCCUCUCUCCUCAACUCUUCACUGUGAAAAAUCCCAAUCCUCCGGACAAUCCAUUAAACUUCCAUGAGAAAACCUCUACAGUUAUUCACAGGGUGCUUAAGUUUCAGGGGGGGAACCCGAGUCAGAACUUGUAUAGUGCACCUUGUAAAGACAUCAUGGCUGCUGGCAGCCCGACCGUCACGUCGAGAACACUCAGUGCAAAGCCUGGUGUUGUUGAGAAGACCCAGCAGAGUCAGAAAUUUGGUGUUAAUACAGAAAGCCAUAAUAAAGACAACAUUUCUGUACAUGGAUUUGGGAAGGAUGUCAGCCAUCUUGCUUCCUCCACAAACCUCAGCAGAUCCAGUCUUCAUUUCAACAAGCCCAACUCCUCUAUUCCUCAGUCUUUUAGUAAAAGUAAGAUGUCAUCUGACAAACACGAAAGUAGUGAAGCCAACAUGACAUACAGAAACUUCUCUGGGCUGCCAAGACCCUUCUUCUUUCCUAGCAAAAUGUCAGACGGUUAUUCAUCACCACAAGACAAGAGUUUGAAACAGGAUAAGUCUACUGCGGCAACCUCAGACAAACACCAGCCAUGUUACACUCAGCAAGACCCUUUUGAUUUCAGCUUUGGCUCAUCUCUGUCGCCCAUGUCUCAGCACAGCAGCCCCCAAGUGGCCCACAGUACACCUCCUGGUACACCAGCAAACAAGAGUCAGUCCUCGACCUCCUCAGCCUCUUUCCCUUAUGGCUAUCAAGGUCCCCCUUACGUACUAAACUUCAGCGGAGACCAUUCGUUGACCCUGGGUCUCAGGGAUGGAGCUGAGGGCUACCCAGGAUUAGGCUCAACAAACUACACCUACCACUGUCUGAUGGAACCUUCAGGCACACAAGGGCGGCUGGUUCUCGAGCCCUGUGGACCCCAGCUGUCUAACCCAGCAUCUUUUGCCUUGGGUGGAUUUUCAGGGCUAAAAGGUCAGGAAGAACACUGCAGAAAGGACAUGCAGCAGCAGUGCCAGCCUGGAGAACACCAAGGCACAUCACACUACGGACCUGUUCCAACAUCUCACUCCAUGGGUGCCACAAAACCCAAGCGAGUGAGGUUGGUGGUGACAGACGGCACAGUAGACUUAGAUCUUCAGUACUCAGAUUGAUUUAUACCCGCAGGAAUUCCAGACUACAUUUGGAUGUUGUUUUUCUGUGAGGGGGAUUAUACAGUAUCUGCCACAAAAAAGAAAAUGUUUUUGUAAGCAUUGUAAUUCAUAGUCUACCGGUUAUUAAAGUCAACUGACUGGCAUUUUUCUAAAUCAUUAUUUUGAUGGACUGUUAAUAUACGAAUGACUUGUACAGGGUUUAUGUAAAGGAGGCUUACUGGAGUGUUUUAAUUACUGUAUGAUUUUUUAAGAACUAAAUAUCUAAAUACAAUCUGCAUAGCAUACCAAAUUUUGAAUGCAUCAAGAAAAACAAAGCAUUAAAUAUGUGAGUGGGAGUUUGAACCUACAGGCCCUGUAAUCAUUGAAAGCCCUCUUACUGUACUGUAGCAUAGAUGUAUGAAUUUUUCUAUACCAUGUAUGGCAGUAGAGACAGAAACCACCAUCACUGGUUGGCGGUACUUGUAUUGGUGGGUUUUAAAAAGGCAGCUUUGUGCCUCAGACUUUGAUAUGUUCUUGUGACUUUUUGAAGCACCUGUUGACACCCUGUCUACCCUCAUUUUUAUACUCACAGUAAGGUCUUUUUCUCACCGUGUGUGUGUGUGUGUGUGCAAGUCUUUGUGUGUGGGUGUGUGCAUGCAUUUGGCAGGUGGGUCUCGAGGGAUCAAAGUAACGUGUGUCGUCAUACCUGAUCGUGUGACUGUCGCUUUGCCAGAUUUAUGUAAGUUCAUUAGUGCAUAAAUGAAAGGCUCGUGCAGGAACAGUGUACAGUAAAACAAUUUCACAACCUGAAACGAUAUAUUCUAGGGCAACUCUACUGGGUAAAGAUGCGUUUCAUGAACUGCAGCUUUUCACAGCUGCUCUCUUGAGUACAGAUGUGGAUGAGUGACGGUGGGGGGGAACUGCAAUAUGUUUUUUCAGGCCAGUUGUGCUUAAUGGAUUGAGGGAUAGCGCAACACGGCAUCUUUGUAAUGGAAGUACACCCAGCUGGCAGACUAUGAGAAACAUUCGAAUAUUGUCAUGUUGCAUUAAAUAAAAAGUGACAAUCUUUUCACAGAGUUGCUCACUUUUGUUGUUUAGGUCUUGUUUUCAAGGAGAGAACAGAAGGAUAAAUUGUGCAUCAUCUACAAUACUUGCAGUUGUUUUGUUGUGGCUGAUGGAGCUACAUGUUCAUAGGUGUUUAUAUUGUAACCAGAGUUAUUUGCUGUUGAUUGUGGAACUCGCGUGAGCAUUACCCUCAUGUAAUGAUGUACUGUAUGUUGAACCCAUUUUACAUCAUUGGGCAGGAGUGUUCAGUGUGACUGCACAGCCUUACAUUACUACCCUGAAAUGUACUGUCUUGAUAUGGAAAGGCCAAUUAUUUAUUUCAAUAUCCUCAUUCUUGAAAAGGUGCUUUAAUGUAAUUUAUAUUUCAUAUUGAUUGUUCAAAACUAUUAAAUGUUUUUUUUCUUUUUAUUAUUUAAUGGGACAAAGUACUGAACUGAAUAUUUACCUUGAGUAUUUAAUUUCAAAGCCUUUGACAUCUUAUCCAGUUUUUCAGUUGUUACAAGUAAAACUUUCUCUGUCUUUUUUUCUAAUUGGCAGUUAGUCUUACUGAAAGUCUGCUGUAGAAAUGUACAAAUGUAGCCUAUAUCAUUAAAGAUACUUAAUUCUU